AUGCCUCGUCCUCCUCCCUCGCCACGUUUACCUUCUUCCUACUUCGCCUCCGUCCCUCCCGAGAAGAAACGAAUCAGUCGCGCGCUCCUCCGAUCUGCGUUUUUUCUUUCGAUGAUUUUCUUCGUUCUGAACCGAUUCGAGACAUCGAAACCUUUAGAUUUGAUGUCCAUCGCACAGCGAGAAGAGACGAGUUUACCGGAAGAAAUCGUCGACGAUGAAGGGAUGACGCACACUAUUGGUGGUGGUGGUGGUGGUGAUGCAGGAGGAGAAGAGGAUGAAGAUGGCAAAGGAGGGGAGUUUAAUUUGAAAGAUUCCAUCGUCCCUUUGAACAGCGAUUCGACGUAUUGCAACGGGGCGCCCGGCGCGUGGUUCGCCAGAGCGGAGUGGAGCACGAAGAGGAGGUUGAUGCGCGAAGGAGGAAUAGGAGCGCAAAAGAAAAGUGGUGGUUAUGGCGCGAAAAUUUGGGACGCGGAAGCGAAUAAGUUUUGUUCGUCUCCCGUCGCGACGCGGAGACGACGGUCGUUGCUCGGAUUUAGCGACGAGCAGUGCUCGCAAACGUGCAGGAGCGUUGAGAGGGACCACAAGGAGUUGUUGAGUGAAAGAAAGAGACAAGCUCGAGAGGAUUUGCUCGAUUGCUUGACGUCGGACGCUGGGUGUAAGAAAGUGUUUUCGAGUAAAAAGGAGAGGUGGGAAAAUAUGGCGAAAUUUGCGUUCGCGUUACCGUCGGUGAAGAUGUUGACGGAGUAUAAGCCGAAGUGUUUUACGGUGAGUAAAGCGAGAGUGUGUUCGAACAUGAGAGGGAAUAAAGAAACGCCGAACGGGUGGAGCGUGAAAUAUUUCGAUUACUUGAAACCGAGAUACGAUGUGAAAUACAAAGAAUUAGGCACUUGCGCAAUGGUUGGAAAUUCGCCGCACGUCUAUCGAGACGGCUUAACGGAUGAAAAUAGCAAAAGCAUCGACAAACACGACAGCGUUUGGAGAUUUAACUUACGCUCGGGGUUAGCGAACGAUACGAACGUACACAAGAAGUACGGAGUUCGGAAGCCACUGGGGAAAGAGACGCGAUUUAGAAUGUUCAACAGCAUACGAGGACGACAACUCUCGAGAGGUAUAAACGUGGACGAGAAGAUCCUUCGAUCGAAACGUAAUUUACGAGAAGAAUGGUGGUUUUGGUAUUCCACGAGCACGAGUUAUUUUCACAACAUAAAGAAACGGUUUCAAUACGUCCAGACGAGGGUUUUAAGUCCCUCGAGCGUGAAUUAUAUUGUGGAUUGUUACAUGCAAAUGCGGAGAGAUUUACUGGAUAUUGGAGCGCUCGAAGAGGAAGGCCACGCGAAUAAUAAAAAGCUCAUGAUGAAGUGUCCGACGUCGUUAUCCAGUGGAAUCCACUUAGCUUUUAUGAGUCAGCACUUGUGUUCGCAAAUGGAUAUGUUUGGAAUGUCUUACCACCCGAAACAGGCGGCGAAGGCGGGCUAUAGCGGCCACGCGUGGUCUAUUGACGUGCGCAUGUUUCGAUUGAUGCACGUCGUCGGUCUCGUGAACGUUUGUACCACGGAUAAAAGCUUAGAAUAG